AUGGCCUGUUACUUCUGUGGCGGCAACAUCACGACAUGCUGCCUAAAUUGUGUCUUCUGCGGGGCUAUCUCAUCAGGCUACGCUGUCAAGGAGAGUGUUGUCGUCGCCUUCGGAGAUGGUAAAUGCCAAGUCCCGAGCACGUGGCGUUAUCCGCAUGCACCUCACAAGGAAGUGGCUUUGUGUAUGGAGGUGGAGAUUCAGUUCUAUGAUAUUAAAUGUUUUGUUGUGCUUGUUAAGGAUGGCGAAAAGCCAGUCAGGAUAUCCGCUGUCCGCGAAGGUGCAUCCUCGAAUCUGAAGGAUAGUAUUAUGUCUGUCGAGCUCAAACUACCUUUGUAG